CUGAGGGGAGGGGAGAACACAUCUCAGUCACACCUACCCCACAGUCUCACAUAGCCUCUGUAGGAGACAGAACAGAUCUUCAUAUUCUGAAGAAGAUGCAUGUGCACAUCAGAGGAGUAUCAGGGCAGGACAAUAGCUCCUAAAGCUGCUGAGACAAAUACAUGACAAGGACUACAAGAGAGAUAGCUCAGCAAGCCCAGAGUCUCUGCACAGGGACAUCCUGGUGUCUGCAGAGAGCUCCCAGUGCUGCUGCUGUGAGGUUACAGUCUCUGUGCUUCUGUGUACAGCACCAGAAAAGACUGCUUUAUAGUCCAAGACUAUGAGUGAGGCAAAGAAAGGUGAGCUAGCCAUUCAGGAUAAAGCCAUCCUGCACCAGCAGAGGCGUCUGAAACAGGCCACCCAGUUCACACAUAAGGACUCAGCUGACCUCCUGCCCCUGGAUGGGCUGAAGAGACUGGGCACGUCCAAAGACUUGCAACCUCACAGCAUUGUCCAGCGCCGCUUGCUGGAGGGAAACAUUACGCGGUUGCGCGGGGAGGCCUGGGAUCCUGGCAACAGAGCUCGCUCCCCACUGGCUGACACCAAGGAUGGACCAACUGAUGAGGAGAGGAGCGAGAGCACAGCCAAUGACUCCACAGAGGAGCGGGAGUCUCUGGAGGAAAGUGAGAGAAGCCUACGGUCGGAUGAGGAAGAUGACAGCAGCGAAGCCGGAGCAAGACAGACAACUGAAAAGGCUGAGGGCACGGAGAGCUCGACCCUCCUCACAGCUCUGGUUGUUCAAUGCAAGUGCUAUGAGACUGAAGUCAAGGUGUCCAUCAACACUGGCAGCCAGUAUAACCACAUCUCCACCUCCUGCUGCCAGAGGCUGGGACUGGUGCCCAGUCAGGACAGUUCACCAUGUGGUGUGAGCAACACAGUCACGGGUCUGCAGCUGCAGCUGGGCAAACAGGCUGUACGGUGUUCAGCCUAUGUGAAAGAGGAUGAGGUGUUUGAGCUGUGCCUGGGUCUUCAGACUCUGUUGGAACUUAAAUGCUGCUUGGACCUGAGCAGUCGGGUCCUGAAGCUGCAUGGCUGCGGCGAGGAGUUGCCCUUCCUGAACCCUUUGCCCGACAGCCAGUGCCAACACGACACCAAUGAGAACCUGUGAGCUUGAUGAUGACGAUGACUGCUCCCUCGACUCGACCGGUUACAGCGAUGUAAUGACAUUUGUCUGAACCAUCUAAUCAGCACGCCUCACUGCCUGAACACUGAUGAGCAUUCACCACCAUUGUUCUUGAGGUUACACCAUUAUGUUUGUAGAAUUACAACAUCUUCUAACCAUUCUUUUUAAUUACACUGUACUGAAUAUUCAAACCACUUCCUCUGUUGAGCUGCUUGGGGUGCACUGAUGCUCUCUUAAGAGGGAAACCAUUAGAACUAUUUAAAGUGGAUAUUAGUGGAAUAUGUUAUGAUUUGGCUGUACAAAAAUUACUUUAAUCAUCAAGUAAGUGAAUUCAAGCAUACUAUCAAUCAACAACCAUUUCCAUUUCGAUCUUGUUUAAGGAACAAAUGAGUAUUUUGGGGCACAUAUGCUUGAUAAUUUCCAUGCCAAAGGUUAGAUGAGAAAAUCAAUGCCACUUUCAUGUGUGUAUAGUAAAUAUGAAAACAGCCAGCUGCUGGUUUGCUCAGCUUAGCAUAGGAACUGGAAGCAGGAGAAAGCAGCUAGCCUGGCUCUGUGUAAAGAGAACAAUAUCUGCCUGCCAACAUCCCCAAAUGUCACUAAAAA